AUGGUUCGCUACUCGCUUGUCCCAGAAAACCCCACAAAAUCAUGCAAAUCCAGAGGUUCAAAUCUCCAGAUCCAUUUUAAGAACACCCGUGAGACUGCCCAGGCCAUCAAAGGUAUGCAAAUCCAGAAAGCCACCAAGUAUCUUAAAGAUGUCACUUUGCAGAAGCAAUGUGUACCAUUCGGACAUUACAAUGGUGGUGUUGGUAGGUGUGCCCAGGCCAAACAGUGGGGUUGGACACAGAGUCGGUGGCCCAAAAAGAGUACUGAAUUUUUGCUGCACAUGCUUAAAAAUGCAGAGAGCAAUGCUGAACUGAAGGGUUUAGAUGUGGAUUAUCUGGUCAUUGAGCAUAUCCAGGUCAACAAAGCUCCCAAGAUGUGCCACCGAACUCACAGAGCUCAUGAUAUUGCAUUUUGUACAAAUUAA